AUGAUUGCAGAAGGACUCUUUGAGCGAUUCGAUGACAGAGCCUGUCGCAUAGUUGGUAUCUUGGCGGUCUUAGUCGUUUUCAUCUUCGUUCUGGACAAUGCGCGUUCGUACAUCCGGUUGAGACACAUCCCAGGACCAACUGCGGCAGCUCUCACAAACUUCAUCCGUCGAUCAUGGGUCAACACUGGCAACGCCCACGAGAUACACACCAAUCUACACAACAAAUAUGGCACCGUUGUGCGGUUUGGUCCCAAUGCCGUCAUGGUCUCCAAGCCUGAUGCGAUUGAGAAGAUCUACGGUUUUAAGAUAAGAUUUGAAAAGUCCGAGUUCUACGAUUCAAUAAUGCCAAGGAUUAAGGGUGGCAAGAUCCCAGACGUCUUCGCUACUCGCGACGAGGAUAUUCAUCGGCGAAUGAGGCGUCCCGUCGCCAAUCUGUACUCGCUCACAAGUCUGAUGUCGUUUGAGCCGGUCGUCGACUCUACUAUGCAACACCUGUUCGAGCGACUAGACGAGUUGUUUUUAGACAAGAAAGUUGAUGUCGACCUCUUCAAAUGGAUGCAAUAUUUCAUGUUCGACGUGCUUGGCGAAGUCACAUUCUCCAAGGAACUAGGAUGUCUCGAUAAAGGUGGCGAUGUUGAAGGCGUCAUUGAGAACAACUGGCGCUAUUUCAAUAUAAUUGCUGCGAAUACGCAGAUGCCUUGGCUUGACUGCCUGUGGAGAGACAACCCCCUGAUUCCCGUCUCCGCGAAAAGAAACCCACUGGUGGAGUUCGGUGCCGCUAGAAUCAGGGAGCGAAUGAAUCUGAUCGAGAGCGGCAAAGGCGACCUCGACCAAAAAGACUUCCUCUCCAGCUUCAUCGCCGAAAAUGCCAAAGACCGCACUCUCCCUGCAAUGUUCCUUCCCACCUGGGUCAAUUCCAAUAUCGUGGCAGGUGCAGACACGACAAGCAUUUUGUCUGGCGCCUUGUUAUACCAUCUCCUCAAAAACUCUGCCUCACUCGCAAAGCUUCAAAAGGAGAUCGACGAUGCCACCGCCGCGGGGCGACUCUCCAAAUUCGCGACUUGGAAAGAAUCUAAGGCUCUUACUUACUUUGACGCCUGCGUGAAAGAGGCCACUAGGAUGCAUCCACCGUUCGCCCUCCCUUUCGAGCGCGUAGUUCCAGACUGUGGACUGGAGAUCGACGGGUACCACAUUCCUCCGGGAACAAGAAUCGGUAUUAACCCGUGGUCGCUGCAUCGCGACGUAUCACUGUAUGGUGCCGAACCGGACCUCUGGCGACCCGAGAGAUGGCUGUGCGAUGAAGAGCAACACGCCACUAUGUAUAAUACACUUCUGACUCGCUACAAUAUACAAUUAGAAAACCAAGAUGAGGAGUGGACUGUUGAGAACAAGUGGCUUGCCAAGCCUUCGGGAUUCCGCGUCAAGCUUUCGACUCGUAGUUAG